AAUUGUUUUCCUCCUGUAGCUUUAUUUGUGUGCGCAACAAUUAUUCUUCUGGUGUUUGCACACGAAUAUUAGACUUUAGUCGAAGUUCACUGUGACAGGAAUAGUUCAGCAGUCUAGCAGUGCCAGUGUGAAGACUCACCCUCGGACGCGGACGACGUGGUCAGUUUGCGUGUCCCCGACCCAGAGUGUGACUGACGGCUGGGCAGUCCUACCACGCAAACACACUUUUUUUAAUUUUUUAAAAUAACAUUUAACACCACCACACGGACAACGUUCACAUUGAAGAAGUCGAAGAACCCUCCAAGAUGUCCGUGGCAGGCUUAAAGAAGCAGUUUUAUAAAGCCAGUCAGAUGGUGAGUGAGAAAGUUGGCGGCGCAGAGGGAACCAAACUUGAUGAUGAAUUCAGAGACUUGGAGCGGAGGGUGGACGUGACCAGUAAAGCCGUAACAGAGGUAAUCUCCAAAACAUCGGAGUACCUCCAACCCAACCCAGCGUCAAGGGCCAAACUGUCCAUGUUGAACACUAUGUCUAAAAUUCGUGGUCAGGUGAAGAACCCCGGAUACCCCCAAGCUGAGGGUCUGCUGGGAGAAUGCAUGUCCAAGUAUGGGAGAGAUCUUGGAGAGGAGACUAACUUUGGCGGCGCCCUGGUGGAAGUGGGAGAGGCCAUGAAGAGACUGGCAGAAGUGAAAGACUCGCUCGACAUUGACGUCAAGCAGAACUUCAUUGAUCCGUUACAAAGCUUCUGUGACAAGGAGCUGAGAGAGAUACAGCAUCAUCUCAAGAAAUUGGAAGGACGCCGUCUAGACUACGACUACAAAAAGAAGCGUCAGGGCAAGAUUCCUGAUGAGGAGAUCCGACAGGCCCUGGAGAAAUUUUACGAGUCCAAGGAAGUGGCCGAGACGGGCAUGUACAACCUGCUGGAGACUGACAUCGAGCAGGUGAGCCAGCUCUCCUGUCUGGUGGAGUGCCAGCUGCAGUACCACAGGCAAGCCGUUCAGUUCCUGGAUGAGCUUUCUCACAAACUUGAGGAAAGGGUGAGUGAGGCUGCGUCCCGACCGAGACGGGAAUACACACCCAAGCCCAAACCUUUGUUUGACUUUGGAGACGAUAACCACUCAAACGGGGGCUAUUCCACUUCAAUGGCUGCUCCCCCUUCUCGUAACUCAGCCCCGGAGCAGCCCAGCUGCAAAGCGCUGUAUGACUUUGAGCCGGAGAACGAGGGUGAGCUGGGCUUUCGUGAGGGCGACAUCAUCACGCUGACCAAUCAGAUCGACGAGAAUUGGUAUGAGGGGAUGCUCAAUGGCCAGUCGGGAUUCUUCCCCCUCAACUAUGUUGAGGUGUUGGUUCCACUACCACACUAAGGAAGGGAGGAAGGUGGGAGGGAGGGAAGGAAGACAAAAGAAAGGCGGUUCCACUAAAACCGCGUGGAGGACUGACCUGCAAUUUCAAACACAAAGCUCAGGUUGUGUGACAACUUUUGACUGAAUAAUCCCCUUUUUAGUAAUUCAACAAUGCCACCUGCUGGCCACUCUGAGAACUCAUGUUUUCAUUGGAACCACAUGACACAAAUUAGCCAUCCCUGUGUUUUUUUAAAUGGUCCGUUUUUCAAAAGCAUCACAGUGACUGCACAGUAUUAUGUUUCAUUUCAUUUGCUUUAAAUAGAGCUGCUUACGCGACAUGUGAGAGUUGUACCUCCAUUGAGAUUGACUUGUGUGUGUGUUGAUACUCCAGUUACACACCAUGAAAUGCAAACGUUGCACCUUUUUAGUCACUUAAAUGCAGCCACAUCUUUGUUAGAGCCCGUUUUAACCCACACAGUGCCUAAAAAAAAAUAUGACGCUGCUGGCAGCUGUUCAUGACUUUCUAUCCUUUGUCUUGCCAUAAUGUGAAACUGUGUCCCAUUCUGUCCUCCACUCCGGAAUUCGUUGAAUUUUUUUAAGUGUUGGUACAUUUUGACCAUUCCUGUGCUCUUAAUACACAAAUACAGUCUUUAUGGUAGGAUGUAGCCUAAAAGGGAAAACAUCAAGGGAAUGUUUUGACUUGGGGACUGUAUCUUUCAUUAGUGUUUUGUGAGUUUUAACAGACCCCUCCACUGUGUUUGGACCUUAUGUGUUUACAUGUUGACACCUAGAUUUUUUUGCUGUUUUAAAAGGAUUAAAAAAAGGCAAAUUCUUGCUAGCUUUUAUUUGGAACAGGGAGGAGUGACUAAUGAUCCUAAAACCAAAGCCUAACAUAGCUACUUAUUGCUGCUUUUCCCAAUUCUAAAUAGUGGCACUUUCCUGUGUAACGUCUCUAAACACUACAAAACUGUUUCCCCGCACACACACAAGACUGUUUAUUUUGCAUAUAUGGUUGUAAAGGGUUAUGUUUUGUUUAAUCAGUCUUAAAUAUUGUACUAUUUUUUAUAUCCAAACCCUUAAAACUUGCAUGUAGUCCUUAUUAUUGUUAUAAUUAUAAUACCCUAUAAAAGGUUUUUACAUUCG